AUGGCUUGCGGACGGAGUUACACAGACGAGUUCGCGUCCCUCAACAUAAUCGGAGGAACGCGCGCUUUCAAAGGGGAAUUCCCAUGGCAGGUGUCUGUCCGCAACCUUGAUCCUUCCGGGAGAUUCACGCGCCAUUUCUGCGGUGGAGCGUUGCUCAACGACCGCUGGGUUCUCACUGCUGGCCACUGCGUACGGCGUCGCCUGUAUGUACGGGCAGGCGAGCACGACGAAACGGUACACGAGGGCAGCGAGAUCCAGGUCCGCGUGACGCACGUGUACUUGCACCCGCGCUAC